UGCCGGUGCCGCCUCCCCCUCCCUCGCUCCCUCUCCGCCCCGAAGGCCCGUCGUGUGAGGAGGAGCCGUCGCCGCCUGAUCAUUACUGCGCCGCCGCUCCUCCUCCUCCUCCUCCUCCUCUUCUCCAGCUCGCCUGCCUGCCUGCCUGCCUGCCUUCCCUUUUCUGACAAGCCGCCGGCCGCCCGGGCUCCUUUCCUCCCCUCAGAUUUAUUCUUAUCGGCAGUAGUCAAGAGAAAGCACAAUGGAAUUCUACGAGUCCACCUAUUUCCUCGUCCUCGUCCCCUCUGUUGUGAUUGCCGUUAUCUUCCUCUUCUUCUGGCUUUUCAUGAAGGAGACGCUGUACGACGAGGCCCUGGCGAAACAGAAGAGGGACCAAAAGUUCCCGCCUGCCAAGACUGAUAAAAAGAAAGCGGAGAAGAAGAAGGGCAAGAAGAAAGAGGCCCAGAACGGGAAUCUCCACGAGUCCGACUCGGAGAGCACCCCUCGAGACUUCAGACUCUCUGAUGCUUUGGGGGCAGAGGAGGAGCCCGCCGUCCCUGUCUCGCUGGGUGUGACAGAGGCCCCCAGCAGCCUCCGAGAGCGCAAGAAGAAAGAGAAGAAGCACAAAGGUAGCCCAGAGGACCAGGCGCCAAAGGAGUCCGAUGGAUCCAAGCCUGCUGGGAAGAAAGUGGAACCGGUGCCUGUUACAAAACAGCCUACCCCACCGUCAGAUGGAGCCGCGUCCAAAAAGAAAGCUGGACAAAAAAAGCAGAAAAAUGGAAUAGAUGACCAGGAUGCCAAGAGUGAUUCGUUUCUAUCUCCAAGCAAAAAGCAAGACCCCGUCCUGCUGCAUCAUGAGAUAAAACAAGAAAGUGGAUCAGGAAAGAAGAAAGUUGCAGCAAAGAAACAAAAGACAGAUAAUGUUGCCCCGUUGGUGGACGAGCCUUUGAUUCAUGCCACAACUUACAUCCCCCUAAUGGAUAACACCGAGCAGAACCUGCCGGUGGAAAAGAGAGGCGCGGCCGACCUGGCGAAGCAGGACGGGAUCGAAGGGCUGCAGAAAAGCAACGCGAAGAAACUGAAGAACGAAACCAAUAAAGAAAAUGCAGAGGUGAAGUUUAAGGACUUUCUCUUGGCUAUGAAGAACAUGAUCUUCACCGAAGAGGAGGCCUUGAGCAUAGUGGAGUUGCUAAAAGAGAAAACCAACGUGAUACAGGACGUUUUGCAGAAGGCCAAUAAGGGAGACGCAGCGACCGCUCUGCAUCAGCUGCAAGAAAGGGACAAGCUGCUUGCAGUGAUGAAGGAAGACGCUGCCGUCGCAAAGGAGCAGUGCAAACAGCUCUCGCAGGAGCUGGUCUCGGAGAAAGAGCGAAGCACCUUGGUCACGGCGAAGAUGAGAGAUCGGAUCGGCACCCUGGAGAAAGAGCACGGAGCCUUUCAAAACAAAAUCCACGCGGGCUACCAAGAAACCCAACAGAUGAAAAUAAAGUUUCAGCAACUUCGUGAGCAGAUGGAGGCUGAGAUCAAUCGCCUGAAGCAGGAGAACGGGAUCCUGAGAGACGCUGUCAGCACUUCCACCAACCAAAUGGAAAGCAAACAGUCGUCGGAACUCAACAAACUGCGCCAGGAUUGUGCCCGGCUUGUGAACGAGCUGACGGAAAAGAGCAGCAAACUGCAGCAGGAGGAACUCCUCAAGAAGAAUGCGGAACAAGCCGCCAGUCAGCUAAAGGCGCAACAACAGGAAGCCGAGCGAAGAUGGGACGAACUGCAGAGCUAUCUCAGGAAACGGACGGCGGAGCACGAGGCGGCCCAGCAAGACGUGCAGAACAAGCUGGUGGCCAAGGACAAAGAAAUCCAGAGCCUGCACAGCAAACUUACUGAUACGAUGGUCUCAAAACAACAAGUAGAACAAAGGAUGAUGCAAAUAAUGGAAGCAGAACAGAAGAGGGUCGCAUCUGAGGAUUCGAUCCAGAGACAGGUGCAGGAGCUGAUGGAACAGAAUGAGGCUUUAAAAGCUCAGCUCCAGAAGUUCCAUUCACAGAUAGCAGUGCAGAGCUCGGCUUCAGCCCUCGCAGAAGAAUUGCAGAAAGUAAUUGCAGAAAAAGAUAAACAGAUAAGCCAAGCCGAGGAGUCCUUAGCUAACGAACGCCUGAAGCUAACAAGCAAGGAGGAGGAUUUCAUGGUUGUACAGAACAUUAACAUGUCUCUGAAAGUAGAAGUACAAAAGUUUCAGGCGCUCAUGAACGAACAGGCUGCCGCUGCGCAUGAGCUGGAAAGGAUGCAGAAAAGUACUCAUGUCAAAGAGGACAAGAUCAGAGCCUUGGAGGAGCAGCUGCAAGGGCACCAUGCCAACGCUUCAAACGCAAAGGAGGAACUUCAGGUUCUAAAGGAUCAAAACCAAACUUUGCAGUUGGACGUUCAGAAGCUGCGGGCUCUCUUGUCCGAGCAGGAUAAUAAAGAGUUGUUGGAGCAAAUGGAAAGAAGUAUUACAGACAAGGAUGACAAGAUAAAGACGGUCGAAGAACUCCUUGAAGCCGGGCUCAUAGAAAUGGCAAAUAAGGAGGAAGAGCUGAAGGCACUGAGAACACAGAACACAUUCUUGAAAAGUGAAGUUGAACACCUGCAGGGGGUUCAAACAGAACAGGUUUCCUUUGCAUCCUUGGUGGAAGAAUUACAAAAAGUGAUUAGUGAAAAGGACGGAAAGAUCAAGUCUGUGGAGGAGCUGCUUCAGGCUGAAGUCCUUAAAGUUGCAACCAAUGAAAAUACUGUGAUGGCGUUGACACGGGAAAUAGAGGCCCUGAAAGAAGAAGUAGGGAAGUCCCACCUUGAGAAGGACACACAGAUAUCGGUGGCCCAAGAAGUCAAAGAUCUUCAGAACCUACUGAAGGGGAAAGAGGAACAAGUGAGAAGUCUGGAGGCGUCGUUGAAAGAAAAGGAGAGCGAGAUCACGAAGGAAGGAGAGCGGCUUCAGGGUCAACAGGAUACACUGCAACACUUGAACGACAAAGUGAAGGAACUUGAGCGGCUGAAUUCUCAGCAGGCUUCUGUUUCUUCGUCGAUCCAGGACCUUGAGGCUCUGCUGAAGGGGAAGCAGGAAGAAGUGCAGAAGAUGGAGAGCUUAUUAGAUGAGAGGGGGAAGGAAAUCACUCACCAAAGGAAAGAGUUGCAGGCUGUACAGGAGGAGAAUCGGUUACUGAGAGCACAGAUCCAGGAAAUACAGCAAGAAAACGGCGAACAGGAAUCUCUGGCCAUCAGGAACGAACAACUUCUACAGCUCAUUACUGGGAAAGAGGAGGAGAUCGCCAGCCUCCAAAAGGAGCUGGGCUCCUUGAAACACGCGGUGGAGCAGCAGAGGCAAAAGAACAAUGACCUUCGGGAGAAAAACUGGGAAGCCAUGGAAGCCUUGGCCUCAACUGAAAAAUUGCUGCAGGACAAAGUGAACAAGACUUCCAAGGAGAGGCAGCAGUCUGUGGAGGUGGCUGAAGCGGAGAUGAGAGGAGUUCUGCAGAAGCUGUUCCCCGUCGUGUCUCUCCCUUCCACCUUGAACCACAGCGAAUGGAUGCGUGGGUUUGAAAAGGCGGUAAGAGACCAUACAAAAGAGACCUCUCGACCGGAGGAAGUUAAGGCCAUGGAGCAGAAGUUGAAGGAGGCAGACGAGUUGCACGUCAUGCUGCAGCUGGAGUGCGAGAAGUACAAAGUGGUCCUGGCAGAGACGGAGGGGAUCUUGCAGCGGCUACAGAGGAGUGUGGAAGAGGAGGAGAGCAAAUGGAAAAUAAAAACUGAGGAAUUGCAGAAGGAACUCCAGCAGAUGCGCUCCACGGUCACUCCUUUGGAGCAGGAAGUAGAAAGAUUAAAGGAAGAAAUCAAAGAAGUUGAUUCCCUGAAAAAGGAGCGAGAGCAUUUGGAACACGAACUGGAGAAGGCAGAAGUCGAGCGGUCGACGUACGUUUUGGAAGUCCGAGAGCUCAAAGAUCUGUUGACUGAAUUGCAGAAAAAACUUGAUGAUUCAUAUUCUGAAGCAGUAAGGCAGAAUGAACAGUUGAAUUUGCUGAAAACCCAGCUGAACGAGACGUUAUCCAAACUCAAAACUGAUCAGAAUGAGAGGCAGUGCCUAGCUGUUGACUUGCCUAAGGCCCAGGAAUCGCUGCUGACUCUAGAAAGGGAAAUAGGAAAAGCUGCUGGGGACACGAACGUGAUAGAGAACAGCGACGUCUGCUCACAGACGGCAGGGCCCGAUAAAAGCCUCAACAUCGCCGUGAGCCUAAGCCAGGACGUGGCCCAUCUCAAGAAGCUGCUUGCGUCCGUCGGCCAAAUGCUCACAAAGGGAAAAGAACACUACCAGCUCCUAGAAUGAAAUCAUGGGGAGAUCGUUAAUUAUGGGGGUAGCAGAAGGCCCUGUAUUUUAUAUUUUGCCAAAUGAAAGCCUUAUUUAUGUGUUCGCCCUUUCUACUUCGUCACACACUGAACAGAGUUUUGUCUUUUCUACUCCUUGUUAGACUACUGAUUUAAACAAGAUGAUGAAGAAGAAGACUCUGCAGACACCUCCAGAGUUUUAGUUUUAUAAUAAAUAAUUAAAAAAAAAACAGUUUGGAUAAUUAGAGCUUUACAUUCCUGGAGCUACAGUAAAUGUGUAACCUUUUAUCUUUGCUAUGCUCAGUAAAACUUGUUCAGACACACACACCUGACGUGGUAACAGCAGCAGCAGCAGCGAACAAUAACAUUUUAAUACUGACGGUCUACGCUGUUUUACUUAGAACGAUUUUGGGGAGUUGCAGCCUUUGACUUCCACCUUCAAGUAAACACUCCUCCUCCUCUGUCUCUCCUUUUUUUUUUUUUUUUGGUUGCUAUUGUAAUCAGUUUUUGUAAUGGUGUCGGCGAAUAAAGGGAUGCUUAUUACACA